GGAGAACUAAUCCAUCCAACACGCAGGAUUUGAAUGAAAAUGUGGGCCCGCAAAGGUAAAAAGAAAGAAUACCUGACGGUGAAAGACCUGCAGAACAUUCUGGACACGUGCAAACUGCGCCUGGGUCAGAUCGAUGAGGUGUGGCCCAACAUUUACAUAGGUAACGUGUCAGUGGCUCAGACCAAGACGGCCUUGGUCCAGUUGGGGAUAACUCACGUCUUGAACGCCGCGCACUCCAAGAAAGGCAGCAUCGGGAACCAGGGCUUCUACGGCAAGGACUUUGAGUACUGCGGCAUUCCUGCCGACGACUCCACGCACUUUGACCUGGAUGUUUACUUCCGACCCGCCGCAGACUUCAUUCACAAAGGACUCAAGGCUCCCCACGGGAAAGUGCUGGUGCAUUGCAUCAUGGGAAUGAGCCGCUCCUCCACCCUGGUGCUGGCCUACCUCAUGAUCUACCAGCACUUGCCCCUGGAGCGGGCCCUGCAGCGGCUGGUGAAGAAGAGAGCCAUCUACCCCAACAGGAACUUCCUGGCUCUGCUGCUGGACUUGGACCUGCAGCUCACCAGGAAGAACAACAACACCUGUCAGAUCUUGUGACCCCACUACAACUAUAAAAACUAAUGUUCCAUCAGGGGUGGGCGAUCCAACACCGGCUGCAAGAGUGUCAUGGUGCUGAUGUACUGUAGUAUUUAUUCUACUUACUGUACAUCAUCAUUUAUCUUAA